AUGCUUUUCAAACAUCAGCAGCACCUGCAGAAACAAAGAGCUGCCAUUGCCCACAGAAUGAAGAAGCUAGCAGCAAAGGAGGCGGAGAUAACAAAAAAGACCAACGCAUUGAAAGAGAAAAUCAAAAAGAGAUAUGAGGAUAUGAAGCGGGUUCUGGAUGAGGAUCUUCGGAUCACACUGACCCAGCUGGACACGGAGCUUGAGGCCACAGAGAAGUUAGUGGAGGACAGAGUAGAGUACUGCUACCUCCUCACCCAGGAACUGGACCAGGAACUGGCCAACAUCAGUGCCCAGAUGGAAAAGGAUACACAAGAAGUUCACAUGAAGACACUGAAGUUGACUGACCCUGACCUGAUUAAGAUAGAUGAGUUCAAGAAUGCACAACUUUUGAGUAUAACCAUCAACUUGCAGUUGAUCAUCAGAUCCCAGAUCCCAGUCACCCAGAAACUGUUUCAGAGCUAUGCUGCAGAUGUUGUCCUCGAUGCCGACACUGCCCACCCCAAGCUGAUUAUCUCUUCAAACGGUGACUCAGCCACCUACACAGACACCUGGCAGGAUGUCCCAGAGACACCCUCUCGCUUUGACACCACCCUAAAUGUAAUCAGUGAGCAAGGCUUCAACAAGGGCUGCCAGUACUGGGAGGUGGAUGUGAGUGAGAAGACCUACUGGGAACUGGGUCUCACCUACCCGAGCAUUCCACGCACAGGCCGAGAGGAGGUCUGCUGGCUUGGCCGUGGCAGGGAUUCUUGGUGUGUGGAAUACUUUAAUGGAGACUACACAGCCUGGCAUGAUGGUGUUCAGUAUGAGCUGCCCCUGCUGGCAGGAAGACAGUUCACCCGCAUUGGGGUAUUCUGCAGCAUCCCUGGGGGCUUAGUGUGCUUUAUAGGAGCUGAUACCAUGACCCCCCUCCACUGCUUCUGCACUGGGACAUUCACUGACACCCUAUAUCAAGCCGUAUGUACUGGUCACGACAAUGGAGGCACAAACUGGAAGUCCCUAAAGAUUUGUGAUGCUUCCCGAUCAGCUCCUGUUCUUUGA